AUGCCUCGAUGUCAAAAAAAUAAGCUCCACACCCGUGAGAAACACCACCAGGCCCAAGGUGAGACCCAGGGUCUGAGGGGUGCCAAGGAAAAAGCAUUGCCCUCCUCGCCCUCUGCUCCUCUUCAAGCUGUUUCACAGAGCAAGCCUGCUAGAAGGUCAUGUAGCAUUCGCAGGUGUACUCACAAAGCCCCAUCCACCAUCACUAAGUCUGCAUCUCACACAAAAUUAUCUAAAGGAGUCAAUUGCAAAACGGAGAACAAGCAAAGUUCCUCCAAGACCUCACCUUCCAAAGCGAAGUCUCAAAGAGACCCUCUAACUGAGAUGAGCAAUAUAUUGGUGCAGUUCCUGAUGCAGAUGUACAAAAUGAAAAAGCCUAUUAAGAAAGCAGAUAUGCUCAAGAUUAUCCAUAAGAAGUACAAAAAUAGCUUCUCUGAGAUCCUCAGUAGAGCAUCUUUCAACAUAGAGGUGGUAUUUGGUGUUGACUUAAAGGAAGUUGAUGGUAUGAAGCAUUUAUAUAAUCUUGUCAACAAAAUGGAUCUCCCCAACAAUGGGAGGGUCCACCGUGGCAGGGGAUUUCCCAAGACCGGUCUCCUGAUGACUAUCCUGGGCGUGAUCUUCAUGAAAGGCAACUGCGCUACUGAGCAGAAGAUCUGGGAAUUCCUGAAUAAGAUGAAGAUAUAUGCUGGAAAGAGGCACUUCAUAUUUGGGGAGCCAAAGAAGCUCAUCACCCAAGAUUUCGUGAAGCUUAAGUACCUGGAGUACCGCCAGGUGCCCAGCAGUGAUCCUCCAUGCUACGAGUUCCUGUGGGGCCCAAGAGCCUAUGCUGAAACCAGCAAGAUGAAAGUCCUGCAGUUUUUCGCCAAGAUUAAUCAAACCAUCCCCAGCGCCUUCACAUCCUGGUAUGAAGAGGCUUUGCAAGAUGAGAAAGAAAGAGCCCAAGCCCCAAUUCCACUAAGGGCUGAUACCAAUGCUAUGGCAGUGAAUGAUUCAGGCUCAUAUCCAGCAGCUCCUCCCACACCUGGUGAAGUUGAGGUUAUUGAAGAGAAAGAGCAGUCAUGUUCCAAGUAG